UAGGGUAUUACUUACCCAUUCUAAGCUAUUUCUUCUGUUUCAAACUUUCCAAACGACUGUUUUUUCAACUUUAGAUCAGUCAGGUGAAUGCCAGUCCCGCAUUCUGGUCAGCGCAUCCACAGAGUCGUUCUCUAAAAAUGACAGCAUCUGGAUUUUUUGCGGCACUAUCUCGUAAAAAACGAAGAUACGAUGACAGUUCGACCCAACUGGCCAGGGUCCUAACUCUAGCCAAUCUGGUAUCGCUAGGCGUGGGCUCUACUUUAGGGCUAGGUGUAUACGUCCUCGCUGGAUCAGUAGCGAAAACAUCAGCAGGACCUGCUACUUGCCUGUCAUUUGUCGCGGCAGCCAUUGUUUCAUUGUUUUCAGGAUUAUGCAAUGCUGAAUUUGCUGGUAGAGUUCCUAGAGCAGGCUACACCUAUAUCUAUAGUUAUGUCAGCAUUGGUGAAUUUGUAGCAUUUAUCAUAGGCUGGAAUUUAAUUCUAGGCUGUAUCCUAAGUUCAGCUAGUGUUGCUAGUGCGAUGAGCAAAUACAUAGACGUCUUGACCAAUAACAGUAUUCAACAUACCCUGACUGAUUGGAUGCCUAUGGACGUCCAGUAUCUAUCAAAGUAUCCAAAUCUACUAGCUCUGGGAAUCCUCAUUUCGUUAACCAUCAUUCUAUCAAUAGGAUUCAAGAAUUCGGCAGCAAUCAAUAGCGUAUCAACUUUUUUGAAUGCCGUGACCAUCUGCACAAUGGUGGUCGGGUGCUACAUAAAAGCUGAUUCAGAUAAUUGGAAGGUAUCCCCAGAAAACGUGGACGAAACGUACCGUUCAGCAGCAGGAGAGGGAGGUUUUCUACCGUUCGGGAUAGCAGGAAUCAUUGCAGGAACACCCCAAUGCUUUUUCGGGCUGGGAGGUUUCGACACCCCUGCCAACUGCAGCGAAGAAGCUAAAAAUCCAAAAAGGGACAUUCCUCUAGCGAUACUAAUAUCUUUGUGCAUAGUGUUCCUAGCUUAUUUUGCCCUCUCUACGUCACUGACUUUGGCUUGGCCGUAUUAUUUACAGGAUACAGAAGCACCUUUUGCAUACGUUUUCGAUCAACUUGGUUGGCCAACAAUGAAAUGGAUCGUAACCAUAGGGGCCGUUUUUGCUCUUUUGUCAUGUAUGUUUGGAUCAAUGUACGUGUCCCCAAGGAUAAUAUACGCCAUGUCGAAUGAUGGGCUUUUGUUCGAAUUCUUGGCGAAGGUUCAUCCAAAAACAAAAAUUCCUCUGGCAGCCACUGUACUAUCAGGAUUGUCCUCAGGGCUGCUUGCUACAUUUAUGGAUUUGAGUCAAAUCAUUGAUUUGAUAACAAUUGGUGGUCUUCUUUCUGCUGGUAUUAUAGCCCCAUUAGUUUUAUUGCUAAGGUAUGAAAAGAAUGAGAAUUCUACCAAAGGAAAUAUACAAAAUGGUGACAUUGAGGUGAAAAAAAUCUGUUACAAGGACAUGUUCAAUCUAAAGCAAAUAUCACUUCCUAGUACAAUAACUUCAAGAGUGGCAAAUAUAACGAUUUUGUGUUUCUGUACUGUGUCAAUUACUCUGAAUAUUGUAUUGGUUCAUGGUUCAAAGAUCCUCUCACCCAUUAUUUAUUACAUACUUGUAAGCAUAAUUUUAUUAAUCUUGGUGAUAUUGAUGAUAAUACUAUCUAGACAACCUCAGUCAGACCGUGAACUAACUUUCAAGGUUCCUCUGGUACCUUUGAUUCCUUGUCUUUCUGUGAUAUUCCAUACCCAUUUGAUGAUGAAUCUCGGAGCAUUUACCUGGGUUGGAUUCAUAGUAUGGAUUUUAAUAGGGUGUAUAUUAUAUUUUUCGUAUGGUAUUUCCCAUAGUAAGGAGAAUGACUCAGAGAAUAAAGAACUCAAGAAAUAGUGAACAGUCAUAAAAUAGGUACCUAUAUGGAAAUAAAUGACAAUUGAAAUCUCUGAGCCACAAUCAAUUGCUGCUGUCUAGAGGAAAUGAAAAAGAAAAGAAAAUUUGUAUAUUUAUUGAAUAUAUUUUAUAUCAUUCGAUAAAUCGUAUUCACAAAUAUUUGUCUAUAAGAAUAUGCUGGAGAAAAUAAAAAAAAGAAAAUUUGUAUAUAUAUUGAAUAUAUUUUAUAUCAUUUUAUAAAUCGUAUUUACAAAUAUUUGUCUAUAAGAAUAUUUCGUAAGUUACAAAUAUAU